AGGGGGGGCAGACGGAAAAGAAACAAACAAGUAACAAUGUAACUUACAUGCAGUCACACACCCCUUUUUCUUGUAACAAUGUGUACGUUUUUAAGGAGGGAGGGGGCGCGCGGAGGGAGAAAGAGAGACGGAGAGAGAUAGAGAAAGGAGGAGGGGGGUGCGUUCUGAAAUAAUAUAGUCAGCCAUUUUUUAUGUAAGGGGAUUUUUUCUUAUUGGGGGGGUUGUUAAAAAAUAAAUAUAAGAGGGCGGCCAUCUUUGUUGCUCUGCCUAGUGUAAAAUAUUCCAAAACGCCCCCCACUUUUUUCUGUGCCGAUUUGAAUAUUAAAUAAAUAUCACAUAUUCGGGCAAGAAUACGCUUUUUUUUUUUGAAUACGAGGACGGAUCCAAUGACAGGAAUAUAAUGUCCUCUCCUCUCCGGUCCUGUGAGGAAGACGAGGGCAUGGUGGUUAAUUCCGAGGGAGGAGAUUUUGAUGAAGAAGACGACGACGGAGACCUAGACGAGAACGCAAGCGACAUAAACUCGCCGGCGGCGCCUCGGGAAACUGCAACACCAGCCGCGCCAGACGAAGAGCCAGAGAUAUCAGACAGAGAGGUCCCGUGCAGGAAGAAAGGCCGGCCAAAGAAAAAGAAGGACGCGAAGAAGAAAGACAAAGAGGGGAAACCUGUUAAAGCGAAAAAGCGCAAGAAGAUUGACAGUGAUGUAGAGAGAGACUCGGAUAGAGAACGGGACUACGGCGAGAACUCAGACAGCGUAGCCAGCGACUAUGGCUCUGGUGAGAAAAAGAAAAAGAAGAAACAUAAAGAAAGGAAGGAGAAGAAAACCAAGAAGAAGAAAAAAGACGACGGGGACCGAGACAGCAGUCAAGAGGAAACGACAAAGCAACCGAUAGAGCAGAAGACGUCUGCCCAGCUGGCAAAGGAGUGGGGUCUGGAGGAUGUUGAUCAUACCUUCACAGAGGAGGACUACAGGGAACUCACCAACUAUAAAGCCUUCAGCCAGUUUAUGAGGCCAAUGAUAGCCAAGAAGAACCCUAAGAUCCCCAUGUCAAAGAUGAUGACCAUCCUGGGGGCCAAGUGGAGGGAGUUCAGCUCCAACAACCCCUUCAAAGGCAACGCUGCUGCUGUUGCAGCGGCUGCUGCUGCCGCCGCCAUCGCUGUUGCCGAGCAGGUCUCUGCAGCGACCGCCUCGCCUGAGCCGCCACCUCAGCCGCCACCAAUUAGAAAGGCCAAGACGAAAGAGGGCAAAGGUCCAGGCUAUAAGAAGCGCAGUAAAAGUCCUCGAGUUCCAGACAAGAAAAAGGCUUCAGCUGUGGCUAAGGCUAAAAAGAUGGCACCCAUUCGUAUUAAACUGUCGCCUAUAGGUGCCAAGAGGAAGAAGAGCUGCUCAAGCGAGGACAUGGAUGAGGAUGAGUCUGAGCAGGAGGACUCCAGCGUUCACAGCUCCUCGGUUCGCUCUGACAGCUCCGGCCGAGUGAAGAAGAACAAGCGAGGACGGCCUGCCAAGAAGAAGAAGAAAAUACCAGGUGAGGAGGAGGGAGACGGCUAUGAGACGGAUCAUCAGGACUACUGCGAGGUUUGUCAGCAGGGUGGAGAGAUCAUACUGUGCGACACUUGUCCUCGAGCGUACCACCUCGUCUGCCUGGAGCCGGAGCUCGACAAGGCUCCCGAGGGCAAGUGGAGCUGCCCCCAUUGCGAGAAAGAGGGAAUCCAGUGGGAGGCAAAAGACGAAGACUUUGAGGAUUUUGAAGAGGACAGCGAGGACAGAGUGAUAUCAGAGGUCGGCGCGGGGGUCCCCACCGGAGCAGAGGAGGAGGAUGAUGACCACAUGGAGUUCUGUCGGGUGUGUAAAGAUGGAGGUGAACUGUUGUGCUGCGACACCUGCACAUCCUCCUACCACAUCCACUGUCUAAACCCGCCGCUGCCAGAGAUCCCCAACGGAGAGUGGCUGUGUCCACGCUGCACGUGUCCACCAAUCAAAGGACGUGUGCAGAAGAUCCUCCACUGGCGAUGGGGCGAGCCUCCGCCUCCCAUUCCUGUUCCACCUGCUCCUGACGCCCCACCUGAUGCCCCGCCACCACCUCCUAUGAAAGGCAGAGCUGAGAGGGAGUUUUUUGUCAAGCUGACCGGGCAGUCCUACUGGCACUGUACCUGGAUCACUGAGCUGCAGCUGGAGAUCUUCCACUCAGUGAUGUACAGAAACUACCAGAGGAAGACGGACAUGGACGAGCCUCCCAGCCUGGAUUACGGCUCGGGUGGAGAGGAUGAGAACGGAGUGGGGAAGAGCGAGAAGAGGAGGGCCAAAGACCCCCAGUUUGCCAUCCUGGAGGAAAAAUACUACAAAUAUGGCAUCAAGCCCGAGUGGAUGAUGAUUCACCGCAUCAUUAACCACAGUGUGGAUAAGAAGGGGACAUACCACUACCUGGUUAAGUGGAGAGAUCUGACUUAUGACCAGUGUACCUGGGAGAGGGACGACCUGGAGAUCCCUGACUUUGGGAUUUACAAGGCCAGCUACUGGAGACACAGGGACGCCAUAAUGAAGGAGGACCCAGACAAACCCAAGAAGAUGAGGAGCAAGAACUCAGAGGGUGAAGAUGAGUCUCCUGCCUCACCGGUCACUGAUCCUACGAUAAAAUACGAGGAGCAGCCAGACUUUGUCACAUCAACGGGUGGUACUCUGCAUCUGUACCAGCUGGAGGGUCUGAACUGGCUUCGCUUUUCCUGGGCUCAGGGCACUGACACCAUCCUGGCAGAUGAGAUGGGCCUGGGCAAGACCAUCCAAACCAUCGUCUUUCUCUAUUCACUUUUUAAAGAGGGUCACACUAAGGGUCCUUUCCUGGUCAGCGCUCCGCUCUCCACCAUCAUCAACUGGGAGAGGGAGUUCGAGAUGUGGGCCCCCGACUUCUAUGUGGUCACGUACACAGGAGACAAGGACAGCCGAGCCAUCAUCAGAGAGAACGAGUUCUCGUUUGACGACACGGCUGUCAAAGGAGGAAAGAAGGCCUUCAAACUGAGGAGAGAGGCUCCAAUUAAAUUCCAUGUGCUGCUGACCUCCUACGAGUUGGUGACUAUUGACCAGACAGCACUCAAGUCCAUCGACUGGGCCUGUUUGGUGGUGGAUGAGGCUCACCGCCUUAAGAACAAUCAGUCCAAGUUUUUCAGGCGUCUGAACGACUACAAGAUCGACCACAAGUUGCUGCUGACAGGAACCCCGCUGCAGAACAACCUGGAGGAGCUGUUUCACCUGCUCAACUUCCUCACCCCCAACCGCUUCAACAACCUUGAGGGCUUUCUGGAAGAGUUUGCCGAUAUCUCCAAGGAGGACCAGAUCAAGAAACUCCACGACCUGCUGGGGCCUCACAUGCUGCGGAGGCUGAAGGCCGACGUCUUCAAGAACAUGCCUGCCAAGACCGAGCUGAUUGUCAGAGUGGAACUUAGCCCUAUGCAGAAGAAAUACUACAAGCUGAUUCUGACCAAGAACUUUGAGGCUCUGAACUCAAAAGGCGGAGGAAAUCAGGUCUCCCUGCUCAACAUCAUGAUGGACCUUAAGAAGUGCUGCAACCACCCCUACCUCUUCCCUGUCGCCUCUAUGGAAGCCCAGAAAACCCCCAGCGGUGCUUACGAGGGGUCGGCUCUCACUAAAGCCUCCGGAAAACUGAUGCUGUUGCAGAAGAUGCUGAGAAAACUGAAAGAGCAGGGCCACCGAGUGCUGGUCUUCUCACAGAUGACUAAAAUGCUGGACUUAUUAGAAGAUUUCCUCGACUACGAAGGUUACAAGUAUGAGAGAAUUGAUGGAGGCAUCACGGGAGCGCUCAGGCAAGAGGCCAUCGACCGCUUCAACGCUCCUGGUGCUUGCCAGUUUUGUUUCUUGCUCUCCACCCGAGCCGGAGGUUUAGGAAUCAACUUGGCCACAGCAGACACCGUCGUCAUCUUCGAUUCUGACUGGAAUCCUCACAACGACAUUCAGGCAUUCAGUCGAGCUCAUCGUAUUGGACAAGCCAAUAAAGUGAUGAUUUAUCGCUUUGUGACACGAGCCAGCGUGGAGGAGCGCAUCACCCAGGUGGCCAAGAGAAAGAUGAUGCUAACCCACCUAGUAGUCCGGCCAGGUUUGGGAUCCAAGGCUGGCUCCAUGACCAAGCAGGAGCUGGAUGACAUCCUGAAGUUUGGGACAGAAGAGCUCUUCAAGGACGAGGGAGAAGGUAUGAAGAACAAUGCGGGUGAUAAAGUUGAGGACGAGGGCAACGUCAUCCACUACGAUAGCACUGCCAUCGAGAGGCUGCUGGACCGAAGCCAAGACGCCACGGAUGACUCGGACGUCCAGAACAUGAACGAGUACCUCAGCUCCUUUAAAGUGGCCCAGUACAUGGUCCGAGAAGAGGAUAAGAUCGAGGAGAUCGAGCGGGAGAUCAUCAAGCAGGAGGAGAACGUGGACCCAGAUUAUUGGGAGAAACUGCUGCGGCAUCACUACGAGCAGCAACAAGAGGAUCUGGCGAGCAAACUGGGCAAAGGCAAGAGGAACCGCAAGCCCGUCAACUACAACGACGCUGCACAGGAGGACCAAGAGUGGCAUGCUGACAUUUCAGAUAACCAGUCCGAGUAUUCAGUGGGUUCCGAGGAGGAGGACGAGGACUUUGAUGAUCGGCCAGAAGGUCGAAGGCAGUCACGUCGCCAGCUGAGGAACGAGAAGGACAAACCUCUGCCUCCUCUUCUGGCCAGAGUGGGAGGCAACCUUGAGGUGCUGGGCUUCAACACUCGCCAGCGCAAAGCCUUCCUGAAUGCAGUGAUGCGCUGGGGGAUGCCGUCUCAGGACGCUUUCUCCUCUCAGUGGCUUGUUAGAGACCUCAGGGGCAAGACUGAGAAAGAAUUCAAAGCUUAUGUGUCUCUCUUCAUGCGUCACCUGUGCGAGCCGGUUGCUGACGGGGCCGAGACAUUCGCCGACGGUGUCCCAAGAGAGGGCUUGUGUCGCCAGCCGGUCCUCACACGUAUCGGCGUCAUGUCGCUUGUCAAGAAGAAGAUCCAGGAGUUUGAGCACAUCAACGGUCGGUGGAGUCUUCCAGAACUUAAACCUGAGGUCAGCAUAGACAAGUCCUCCUCCAGGGCCUCUUCUCCUGCUGUGAAGACCGCCACUCCCACCCCUGAUGCCAGCUAUAACAACACACCGUGCACCUCCAAGCCAGCGACCCCUGCACCAGCAGAGAAGUUGGAAAAGAAUGGGAAGGAGGGAGAGAAGGAGGAGGACAAGGAGGAGGUGGAGGCCACAAUGGAUAAAGAGAAAGUGAAGGACAAAGACAAGGAGAAGGAUGAAGGGAAGGAGGUUGAUGGCAACAAGACGGGAGAACCUGAUGAGCUUUCUUCCUCAACAAAAGAAACAUCGCAAAAUGCAUCUCCAGGCAAAGAAGAGAGUGACCCCAAGGAGGAUGAGAAGAAAGAAACGACUGACGCUUCAGCUGCCACGACAGAGGAGAAAAAAGCCCAGGAGGAGAGUAAAGAGGAGACAAAACACGCAUCGAAGCAGGACACGGAUGUCAAAGAGGAGAAAUCAGAAGGAGAGAAGGCUGGGGAGGAAAAAGAAAAACAUGAGGAAACAACCACAGAAGCAGCAGAUGUCAAAGAUAAGACUGAGGUGGCCGAUUUGAAGAAAGAAGAGGUCAAAGGUGAAAAGGAUGUUGGGAAAGAAGUCAAAGCUGCGAAAGAAGAGGCUCCCAAGGGUAACGGGAAGCCUCCGGUUGAGCGACCUCGCUUCAUGUUCAACAUCGCAGAUGGCGGCUUCACUGAGCUGCACACACUCUGGCAGAACGAGGAGCGGGCUGCCAUCUCCUCGGGGAAGAUGAACGAGAUCUGGCACCGCCGACACGACUUCUGGCUCCUGGCGGGAAUCGUGAUUCACGGCUACGCUCGAUGGCAGGACAUCCAGAAUGAUCCCCAGUUCGCCAUCGUUAACGAGCCUUUCAAGUCGCAGGCGAAUAAAGGCAACUUCCUGGAGAUGAAGAACAAGUUCCUGGCUCGACGCUUUAAGCUGUUGGAGCAGGCGCUGGUGAUAGAGGAGCAGUUGCGGCGGGCAGCUUACCUAAACAUGACCCAGGACCCCAGCCACCCAGCCAUGGCGCUCAAUGCUCGCUUUGCAGAGGUGGAGUGUCUGGCGGAGUCGCACCAGCACCUCAGCAAGGAGUCGCUGGCAGGCAACAAGCCAGCCAACGCUGUCCUGCACAAAGUGUUGAACCAGCUGGAGGAGCUGCUGAGUGACAUGAAGGCCGACGUAACUCGGCUACCGGCCACGCUGUCCAGAGUCCCACCCAUCGCCGCUCGCCUGCAAAUGUCCGAGAGGAGCAUCCUCAGCCGACUGGCCAGCAAGGGCACGGAAACGCACACGCCCCCGCCCAUACCUCCAGGACCUUACGCCACCCCUCAGAACUACGGAGCCCCCUUCACCCCCGCCCCCCCGAGCGCCCUACACUUGGGAGGGGCCAACUACAGUCAGAUGCCGCCUGGAUCCUUCAUAUCAGUCUCCACUACAGUCUGCCGCUUGUCUGCCCCCACAGAAGCCGCCGCCGCUGCUGGGGCCACCGGGGGAGCUGCAGGUGGAGCCACCGGAGGGCCAACCGCCGCCGGUGUUUGCCAGAAGACCAAGGAGCACGAUGUGGUGCAGCGGCAGCGAGUGGUGGACCUGUGGAAGGAUGGUAAGUCAGAGGGGGCCAUUGGGCUGGAGCUGAGGAUGCCCAAGUCCACGGUGCACAGCAUCAUCGUCAAGUACCGACUCAGCAACACGGUGGAGAACCUGCCGCGCAACGGGCGACCAAAGAAACCCUGAGGGGGCGAGGAGGAGACUCAUGAGGGGACUGAAGAGAGGACAAAAAAAAAAUUCCCGGAAUGUAUCAAAAAACGGAGACUGAAAAACAAAAGGACAGUGCAAUCUUAAAAAGAGACGAAAACCUGAAUGCAUGUGAAGGAACUCCAAAAAGGGACUCAAGGACGGAGCACUUUGACACUGCUGGAAUGUGAGGAAUAAAAAGGGAGAGGACAAGCUCACUGGAUGCAUCGAAUAAGGAUGGGAGGCAACAAAAAAGGAGAGGACAUGAAAUGUGAAACGGAACGUAGAGGCGGCACUUUGAUCCACAAAAGAAAGCAAGCAAUCAACCGCAGAAAGAGUGGGUCCAAAAUAAAAAGGGAGAGGUGAAAAGCUGGGCCUGAGAUCAAGCACUAAUGAUGCUUGGGGGCUGGGAUGAGGCAGAGACAGAAAAAAAAGAGAGAUUACUUAUUUGAAAAGGGAGCUACUGAAAAAAAAAAACUCCAAAUAUCUGACUUUGAAAGUCUGGACUGAAGACAAAUGGAAAAAGACAGCAUGUUAAUGCAAUCAGGUUUUUAGGAUUUCAGAUAUGAAGGCUGAAUCGAAGAAAAAAAUGCAACAAAGGAGGAUUUUUUUUUUUUUUUUAUACCUCCUUCCACACAGUUCAUAAGACUUCUUUUUCUGUUUCUCCCUCUGAGACGAAAAAGAUUUCCCCCCAGAUCAAUUCUUCAUCCGCCGGCUGACUGAACAAGCCUGUCCCCUCGAUCUGACCCUGUACUCCCUCAUUCCUCCACAGCCCUCCACUCCUCCGUAUCUCUUUCUCAGUCUCUCACACACACACAUACACAUACAUAUAUGUACACACUGUGGACCUCACACACAACCUGAAAACCUGCAAAGAACUUAAUUUAUCUGCUGAGUACAGGCAAAUGAAAUCCUUACUUAAAAUAGAGUGGGACAAGCUGGACCCAGAUUAUUUUGCAAAAAAAAAAAAAAAAAAGGAAAGAAAGAAAAAAGAUGGAAAAAAGAGUUUUCUAAGUAUAAAACUCUACUUCCCAUGGACUCUCUUGCCCUAGCAUUCCUGAGUCCAACCAAGCAUAGAAGCAAGAACCAUAGAUAUAUAUAUAAAAAAGACUGAGACGCUGCCUUUGUCCAACAGUCAGUAGCAACAUUGCUCGAACCCAAUCUGAUGAUGGACUGCUAUUGAGACAUGUACUGUAUUACAAAGCAUAUUUACUAUUGCACCUUUUUUUGUGGGUUGGGGUGGGGGUCACUUAAAGGGGAAUAUCACUCUAAUGAAGUAUUUACAUUUCCUGUUUUUAAGCCUCAUCACAGCAAAAAAUCAGGAUUUAUGAGCAGCUCUUCCCCAAAGAUUAAGACUGUAAUCUAUCACUGAAAGAAACAGACAGACUCACUUUGAAGCCUGAAGAGACUUUUUUUUUUCUUUUCUUUUCUUUUUUUUGUUCUUCGAGCUCCUUUAUUGUGACAGCGUGAUUGAUUCCAUGGCGGAAAAUGUCCCCUGAUCCCUGAGAAAAUAAAACACUCUGGACUGUGUCAUCGUUUUUCCAGCUUGGUGUGUGUGCAGUCGAGCUGUACAUCAGUGUGACAUCCCAGCCAGGAGGAACUCUUCGGCUUCGUUUGUGGAAGGAAGAAAAGCGAAUUAUCAAUUACAGUCCAAACUCUUGUGGGAUGUCUGAGUAUUUUUAAGCUAAAACUGAGUGGUAUUUCCCUUUAAGUUUAAAGGACAUAAAGACCACAGAAGUGUAGUAGCGGUGUGGCCUGCAAUGAGAGAAUGCUCUGGGUGUGAAUGGGUUGUUGUGCAUGGUAGUUCUGCCAUUUUUAUCAAAACUAGUUCAAACUUUCAGUGUUGGUGUCCGUAUGAUACCGGAGGUUCUUUACCAAUUCCAAAACAAUACUUUUUGGAUACUUUACUUGCAGGAUUCUAAAAAUGUUUUUCUACAAAACGCUUUUUUCUAUUUCACAAAGUACUUCUCACAUACUUUCAUGGUCUUAACACGAAGCAUUUUGCCAAAAUACAAUGUUCUACAAUUAGCAAAAGCAGAACUUAAGGCUUGUGGAUAUUUUUAUAUUAACAAAGGACACAAUGUUUAUGUUUAAUGUGAACGGGGUUGCCUGGAGUGACAAAGCUGCAAAAAAUGAUCACCACACUCUGCAGUUACUGUUGGAUUGAGCGAGUGGUUUAGGAUCUUUUAGCUUCAUUUUUAUUUUAUUUUUUUAUGUCCUGCAACUUUACUGUUCUGGUUCAGUCUCACUGCUCUCAACAUUAUUUCUAGCUGCAGGCAGCUUUUUCUGGCAGCUGGUGAACACGGUGGAGCACCAAAAUAGAGCUACAAGUGAAGAACAUUACACUUAUGACAGGAAGCACAGCUGCUGACUGCUGGAUGUGUAAUUUGGCAGCUAGCAUGGUAGCAUAUCAGCUUUUAAAGGUUGUACUGUGUCAAUGUUGGGUUGCCCUCAUGUGCUCUAAAAUCAAUGCAGCUUUAAGGUCAUAGUAAGCAUCUGUUGCCAGUUUUCAUUACAGUUUUAUAUGCUCACCUUUCAGUAUUUCAAAAUGCAUGUGCACGCACACAGCAGAGCACACGCAUGAAUACGAGUCUCUUAACACUGAAAUCCUUAAUCAAUAAUUUUGACUCCAACUGAAACUUUUCCAACUUUUUCAACCGAUUGCGAAACUCCUGCAACGCCAGGAUUUAUGAAACUCUUUCACAGACCCAACAAGCCUGUGCUUUCUUAGUUCCUGAAAAGUUGACAGUACAGAGACACAAGGUUGUUCUUCAUGAAAGGUUCUGGCAGAAAUGCACUCACGCGAAGCUUUUGAGCGAAGCAGAAAUGCUGCACUCGUUGCCAAGAUGGCAGCAUUCGCUUCUAUCAGAUAGUAGGCAGGACCUACAGGGGAGAGACACAGACUGACAUGUUGGCCAGGAAUGUUUUUUAUUGCCUUUCUGGACUUCAGGAGCUCCAUCCCGCUCAGUCCAGAGUCGGAGGCCUCAGAGAGGAAUAAAACAGUCGAAGCUUAAGAAUUCUCAGAUGUGUCGUUUUGUGAGCUUUUGGGUUUAUCAUAUUUUUUUACUGUAACUACAAAUAUCACUGCCAGCCUAAUUUGGGACGAGAAAACGUUUAUUUAACAAUGUCUGCUGCUACUGUAAAGCUUCAGGCAGACUAGUGUGAGCGAGACAGCAUGAAGAGAAGGGAAAGAGGAGGAGGGGUUUGGAUGGACAGAGGUGAAGUAUUAUAGAGUGACUCUGGCAGCGGAGAGAACAGAAAGAAUCUGUUAUCUGGUGUAAUACAAGUGCUUCCUUGAAUUCCUUCUUCUGUUUUAUCUUCAUGGCUGCUUUACCUUAUAUGCCUUUUUGGUAGAGCCCAGCUGAGACUGUGGUUUUCUGAGGCCAAAAUUGAUAUUUAGAGUCCUUUUAUUUUUGGAAUUCAGUCCCAGUUGAUUUGCCAAUACUUCCUGGCAGUUACUACAGUGAACUGCAACUAAUGAAUCUGUUUACAGUGCAGCCAAACAAACCCACAUUUUAACCAAGAACUUGGUCAGUAAUGGCAUUGAUCCGCUCGCAGACGGUGCUGAACAGGACUGUUUUGCUUUGUUAGACACGUUUCUGAUGAACAGUUGUGCUAAAUUCGACGAGGAUGGGAAGCAAAUGAAACUCACUCCCCAGAGGAUGUCACAUGUGACUGCUUCACAAUAAAAGCUGAAGUGAAACGUUUUAAUGUGAAAGAGCACCAGCUGGAUAUGUGAAGAGAGUAAAUAGUUGGCAGUGAGUUGGCAGUUCUCAGCGAGAUGUGAUAAAAAGUGACUAAGCUGGAUGGAACCUACGUUGUUAACUAAAUACACUGAAUCGUCAAAUAACUGAAAUAGCAUCAAAAGCAGGGUUUGUUUACGUGAACAUUUAAGGAGUUUAAAAGCUGUCGUUUUAUUCUUCAGCAUUUUUGCUCCCUUAGAUUUGUUUUUUAAAACCUUGAAAAACACACUUGUCAGCACUUUGUGCUCGAUAAAUUACCUUCAGCAUUUCUGUAUCUGUGCUCAAAUAUCACAUUUGUUUUCCUUCAAGGACUUUUUUUUUUUUCUUUCUCUCUCUGUUCCGUGUUGCUGUCUUCUACUUUUGUUACGCACCCUCAAUUUCUCUUGCUCUUUCACCCAGUCUUUACCUCCAUUUGUUUUGCUUCUUAUCAGAUUUUUUUUCUGCCCCCCACACACACACACACACACACACACACACACACACUCACUGCCUCUCUCCAUCUCCUGCGCUGGCCUCCGCUGGCCAAAUGCCAUACGUUUUCCCAUAAGUGGUCCCCACCAGUGGUUUUAGACACACACACACACAGUUUCAGCCCCCCCUUUAAACAUCUUCAGCUCAAUACGCUCCUUAUCGCAUCUUUGAUCUGCACGGGGGUGUUAUGACAGUUUAUCUUUCCCCGUGGCGCGAGUGAAAGCAGUGCGCUGGCUUUGUUUUGAAAGGAGCGCUAAACUCGCCGUUCCACUCCCCGAGCAGAUCCACGAUAGCGCACAAAUGUGGGAAGCACAGGUCCUGCUCGCCGGCCAGCUGUGCAGUUGUGCAGAAAGAAGUUCAUUUUCCUGCAUGCGGGUAUUUGUUUGUCUGCGUCCUGGAGUGCCUGCGUUGGUGUGGGAAUGAGUGUGUGUGUGUUUGCUCAUUGCUGGCCUCACUUUGUCCAGGUUCAAAGCUCUGGAUUCUGAGGUUUCGUCAUUAUUGUAAACAUGAUACUGUAUAUGUAAUAUGAUAUAUUGAUGUACUGUAUUAUGCAAGUUUUCUCAUUAAAAAGUAUAAUAAGGUCA